CCAUCCUCUUUCACCAUCUCACAUCUCUCUCUCUCUUACUCUUGGAACCUGCUUAUACUGUCCGCUUGAUCAUUAUACAGGAUAUCUAUAGUCCAGAGGGGACCGCCAGUUCACUCACUGUACACAAAGAUUCACAACGGGGGCGAUCCCCCCUAGCUCGAAAAUUGGGACUGAUUGCCCACCUAUCCCCCCCACUCGCGAUCGAACUAUAGACCAAAUCACCCGCCCUUACUGGGAUCAUUGACAUAAUGUGUGGAGUAGGUUUCAUCUGUCAUAUCAAAGGUCGGGCCUCGCACAAGAUCGUCAGCGAUGCGAGGAACAUUCUGUGUAAUAUGACCCAUCGAGGAGCUACCGGUGCUGAUGCUCGAGACGGUGACGGUGCAGGCGUCAUGACCGGUAUUCCACACGACUUCUUCGUCAGGGAAUGUGGACAUUCGUUUGACGCUUCCCUUCCCGCUGAAGGUCAUUAUGCCGUGGGAAACUUGUUCUUCUCCCCUGAAAAGUACGCCUCCCAGCAAAUGACCUUUGAAUCGCUCGCAAAGACGCUCGAACUCCGCGUCCUCGGUUGGAGAGAGGUCCCCACCGAUAACACUAUCCUUGGACCUGCUAGCAAGAGCAAGGAGCCGAGAAUCUUCCAACCGUUCGUCGUCUUGGCAAAUCACUACGGCCCAGGUCAGGAGAGUCAAGAUGGGGCUUUCGACGAAAAGUUCUUCCUCAGACAACUCUACGUCUUGCGAAAGCAGGCGACCUCAAAGAUUGGACUCGCCAACCAAUUCUACAUAUGCUCCCUCACCCCUUCGAAUAUUGUGUACAAAGGCCAACUUUCCCCAGUCCAAGUCUACAACUAUUACCACGACCUCAACCACGUCCUCUACGCGUCCCACUUUGCCCUUGUCCACUCUCGAUUCUCCACCAACACUUUCCCUUCUUGGGACCGAGCUCAGCCAAUGCGAUGGGCAGCUCACAAUGGAGAAAUCAACACUGUCCGAGGAAACAAGAACUGGAUGAAGUCAAGAGAGGGACACCUCAAGUCGGAGCACUUUGCCGACGAGCUCCCGUUGCUCUACCCCAUCGUUGAGGACGGAGGUUCCGAUUCCGCAGCUUUCGAUAAUGUCCUUGAAUUGCUCGUCGUCAAUGGCGUCUUGACUCUGCCCGAAGCUGUCAUGUUGAUGGUGCCCGAGGCGUGGCAAAACAACGAUCUGAUGGAGCCGGAGAAGAAGGCAUUCUACCAGUGGGCAUCUAGCUUGAUGGAGCCUUGGGAUGGUCCUGCUCUCUUCACCUUCUCCGACGGACGAUAUUGCGGUGCUAACUUGGACCGAAAUGGUCUGCGACCGUGCAGAUACGUCGUCACCUCGGACGACCUCAUGGUCUGCGCCUCUGAAGUAGGAACCAUCUUCCUCGAGCCAGAGAGAAUCGUGCAAAAGGGUCGACUCAAGCCUGGUCGUAUGCUGUUGGUCGACACCAAGGAGGGUCGAAUUGUCGACGAUCGAGAACUCAAGAUGAAAACUGCCAAGCGACAGCCGUUCGCAGCUUGGAUCGAGUCCAAGAUCAUGAGGUUGCCCGAUGUUGUCAGAAGAGUCAAGCGACACGAAGACUUGGCCAUUCACUUGGACGACGAGCCAUUGUCAACGGAUCCUAAAUUGCUUGCCUACGGCUACACAAUUGAGCAACUCAACAUGCUCAUGUUGCCAAUGGUUCAAGAAGGCCACGAAGCCCUUGGAUCCAUGGGUAACGACGCUGCCCUUGCUUGCAUGUCAUCUGCCCCCAGAACCCUCUACGACUAUUUCCGACAAUUAUUCGCCCAAGUCACCAACCCGCCCAUUGAUCCCAUUCGAGAAUCCAUCGUCAUGUCCCUCGAGACAAUGGUCGGCAGGGAGGGUAACUUGCUCGAGAUGAAUGCUCAGCAGUGUCAUCGUCUGCAGCUCAAGACGCCCAUUCUCACCAUCGAAGAGAUGAACGCCAUGAAGCACUUUUCAGUGUCUCACGCAGACUGGACGUCUAUUACCCUUGAUUUGACUUUCGACAAGGCCGAGGGUCUUCCCGGGUACCGAAAUGCCCUCAACAGGGUCAGACAAGAAGCUCUGAAUGCCGUCGAAGCAGGAUUCAAGAUCAUCAUUCUUUCCGACCGAAACACUGGACCCAACCGGGUGGCCUUGUCUGCCAUCUUGGCAACUGGAGGUGUUCAUCACUUCCUCGUAGGACAAAAGAAGAGAGCAGACGUUGCUAUCAUGGUCGAAACGGGUGAAGCUCGUGAAGUCCACCACAUGUGUGUAUUGGUCGGAUACGGUGCCGAUGCCAUCUGCCCAUGGUUGAUCAUGGAGUUGAUCGGCAAGGUAGUCAAAGAGGGAUUGGCCAAGGAUGGCCAAUCUGCCGAGAAGCUUGUAGCCAACUACAUGAAGGCUACUGAUGAGGGAAUGCUCAAGGUUCUCUCCAAGAUGGGCGUCUCGACGCUUGCAUCGUACAAGGGCGCUCAGCUUUUCGAGAUUCUGGGUUUGCACGAGGAGGUCGUUGCAGAAUGCUUCGUCGGAACAGCAUCUCGAGUUCAAGGAGCCACCUUCGACCUCCUUGCUAUGGAUGCCUUCGAAUUCCACGAGCGAGCUUGGCCCUCGCGAGACAUCAUCACGGUACCGGGAAUGCCUGAGAGCGGAGAAUACCACUACCGCCAAGGAUCUGAGAUGCGAGUCAACGAUCCCGUCUCCGUCGCGCAGCUCCAGGAUGCCGUGCGACAGAAGAACCAGAACGCAUACGAUGCAUACUCACGCAACUCUCGCGAGGCCAUUAAGCGUGGCACUUUGCGAGGUCUCCUUGACUUUGACUUUGACAAGGGACAAUCUGUCCCCAUUGAGCAGGUCGAACCUUGGAACGAGAUUGUCCGACGAUGUGUCACAGGAGCCAUGUCUUAUGGAUCGAUUUCGAUGGAGGCGCACACUGCCUUGGCUAUCGCCAUGAACCGUCUGGGCGGAAAGUCCAACACUGGUGAAGGUGGUGAAGAUGCCGAAAGAUCUAUUCCUAUCCCUGGACCCGGUGCUGAUUCCGACAACGGUCCUUUCACCCACGCCAUGGAGCUCAAGCCCGUCUGGGACUCACGACGAUCCGCCAUCAAGCAAGUUGCCUCUGGUCGAUUCGGUGUCACCUCCAACUAUCUUGCCGACUCUGACGAGCUUCAGAUCAAGAUGGCGCAGGGUGCCAAGCCUGGUGAGGGAGGUGAGCUGCCAGGUCACAAAGUGUCGGCCUCCAUCGGUCGGACUCGUCACUCUACUCCUGGUGUUACGCUGGUUUCCCCACCUCCUCACCACGACAUUUACUCGAUUGAAGAUCUCAAGCAAUUGAUCUACGAUCUCAAGUCAUCCAACCCAAGAUCCCGAGUCUCUGUCAAGCUCGUCUCAGAAGUUGGCGUGGGCAUCGUCGCUUCUGGUGUUGCCAAGGCCAAAGCGGAUCACAUUACCAUUUCAGGACACGACGGUGGUACUGGUGCUGCCAAGUGGACCUCGAUCAAGUAUGCUGGACUUCCAUGGGAAUUGGGACUCGCCGAGACUCACCAAACGCUUGUCCUGAACAACCUGCGUGGACGAGUUACCGUCCAGACCGAUGGGCAGAUCCGAACGGGUCGAGAUAUUGCCAUUGCCACGCUUCUCGGUGCGGAAGAAUGGGGCUUCGCCACGACUCCCCUGAUCGCCAUGGGUUGUAUCAUGAUGAAGGCGUGUCACAAGAACACUUGUCCUGUUGGUAUCGCCACUCAGGACCCAGCGCUCCGUGCCAAAUUCGCCGGUCAACCCGAACAAGUGAUCAACUUUUUCUACUACGUGAUCGAAGAGUUGCGAGCUAUCAUGGCCAAGCUUGGAUUCAGAACCAUCAAUGAGAUGGUUGGACGAUCCGAAAUGCUCCGUGUGGAUGACAGUUUGAGGACGCCCAAGACUCAACAUCUCGAUCUGUCGCCCAUCAUGAAGCCUGCUCACUUGAUGCGGCCCGAUGCCGCUACUUACCGUAUCCGAUCUCAGGACCACAAGCUUUAUGUCCGACUUGACAACAAGUUUAUCGACGAGGCCGAGCCAGCCUUGCAGAAGGGUCUUCCUGUCGAGAUCGACUGUGAUGUCGUGAACACGGACCGAGCUCUUGGUACCACAUUGUCUUACCGAGUGUCCAAGCAGUACGGUGAAGCUGGUCUUCCCAGAGACACAAUCCACAUCAACAUGCGUGGAUCGGCUGGUCAAUCUCUCGGUGCUUUCUUGGCACCUGGUAUCACCAUCGAGCUUGAAGGUGAUGCCAACGACUACGUCGGCAAAGGGUUGUCUGGUGGUCGAUUGAUCGUCUACCCGCCGAAGUCCAGUCCGUUCAAGGCCGAAGAGAACAUCAUCAUUGGAAACGUCUGCUUCUUUGGUGCCACUUCCGGUCACGCCUUUAUCCGAGGUAUCGCAGCGGAACGAUUCGCGGUGCGAAACUCGGGAGCCAACUGUGUGGUGGAAGGAGUCGGCGAUCACGGUUGUGAAUACAUGACUGGGGGACGUGUUGUCGUUCUUGGAUUGACUGGACGAAACUUUGCGGCUGGAAUGUCCGGUGGUAUCGCGUACGUCUUGGACAUGGCUCACAGCUUUGCUCCGAAAGUCAACAAGGGUACUGUGGAACUUGGCCCGGUCAACAACCCUCAAGAGAUCGCCGAGCUUCGAUCAAUGAUUGAGGACCACCGACACUUCACCGGAUCAGAAAUCGCCGACAGGAUCCUCAAGAACUUCCACCGAUUCCUUCCUAUGUUUGUCCGUGUCAUGCCUCUGGAUUACAAGCGAGUCUUGGAUCAAGAGGCUGAACGAGUCGCCGAAGAGAAGAAGAGGCAAUCGGUCAUCGAUCUCAUUCCGUCUCAGACUGCUUCUCAGGUCGACCUCGUUGCUACUGGCUUUGAUCCCACGCUUCCACGAGACGCCAACGGUCAUGGAGCAUCUAGUCCCGAGCUUGUCACACCUACUGGCUCGCCCAAGAAGACUGAGCCUACAAUUGUGGACGUUGAAGACGCCAUGGUCGAUGAGGGAACCACCAAGGAACGCAUGGCCAAGUUGGACAAGACUCGUGGAUUUAUGAAGUACAAGCGACUCAAUGAGGCUUACAGACCACCUAGAAAGAGGGUCAAGGACUGGAAGGAGAUUUCUGGUCGAUUGAACGAAAAGGAGCUCAAAUACCAGUCUGCCCGGUGCAUGGACUGUGGAAUUCCCUUCUGUCAAUCGGACACUGGAUGUCCCAUCGCCAACGUCAUUCCUAAGUGGAACACUAUGGUCUUCGAAGAACGAUGGUUGGACGCUCUGAACAGGUUGCUGAAGACGAACAAUUUCCCAGAGUUCACCGGUCGAGUCUGCCCUGCUCCUUGUGAGAGCGCGUGUGUCCUCGGUAUCAACGAAGCUCCUGUCGGAAUCAAGUCGAUCGAAUGUGCCAUUAUUGAUAAAGGCUUUGAGAUGGGAUGGAUGGUACCCAAACCUCCUCAGCACCGUACCGGCAAAAAGGUCGCCAUCAUUGGAUCUGGGCCUGCUGGUCUUGCCGCUGCUGAUCAACUCAACAAGGCUGGCCACUUGAUCACUGUCUACGAGCGCGCUGACCGAAUUGGAGGUCUGCUCAUGUACGGUAUUCCCAAUAUGAAGCUUGACAAGGCUGUCGUGCAGCGACGAACCGACCUCAUGGCUGCUGAAGGCAUCAAAUUCAUCACUGGCGCUCAUGUCGGUGUCAAUACCGAUGCCGCACAGAUCAGGUCGGAGAACGAUGCUGUCAUUGUUGCGACUGGUGCCACAUGGCCCCGUGACCUCAAACUGCCGAACCGAGAAACCGAUGGCAUCCACUUCGCCAUGGACUUCCUGCAGCCCAACACCAAGAGCUUGCUUGACUCUAACCACGAGGACGGGUCGUUCAUCUCAGCCCGAGGCAAGGACGUCAUUGUGAUCGGUGGUGGAGAUACCGGAAACGACUGUAUCGGAACCAGUGUUCGACAUGGAGCCAAAUCCGUUACCAACUUUGAACUCUUGCCUGAACCUCCAGCCCAACGAGCUGUCAACAACCCCUGGCCUCAAUUCGCCCGAGUCAAGAAGACUGACUAUGGUCAUUCCGAAGUCAUGGCCAACUUUGGAGGCAAGGAUCCUCGACAGUACUGCAUCUCUACCAAGAAAUUCGUUCUUGAUGAUGAGGGCAAACUGAAAGGAUUGGACACUGUCUUAGUCGAAUGGACCGAAGUCGGUGGCAAGUGGAGCAUGGAGGAAGUCAAGGGCAGUGAAAAGUUCUACCCAGGUCAAUUGGUCCUGCUCGCGCUCGGAUUCUUGGGACCUCAAAACGAGUGUAUCAAGGCUCUGGCUUUGGAGCAGGACCCAAGGUCGAACAUCAAGACCCCGCGAGGUCGAUUCUCGACCAACGUGGACGGAGUGUUCGCCUCGGGAGACUGCCAUACUGGUCAGUCCCUCGUCGUCCAUGGUAUUCGAGAGGGUCGACAAUGCGCCGAAGAGGUCGAUGCCUGGCUCGAAGGAUCUACCCGACUGCCAUUCCAAGGUGGUAUUCCUAAACGAUCAUGGGUCGCUCCGAAGAUUUCCAAGGGUCUGAUUGAGCCAGUGCCGGAAUUGAUCAAGGACGGUGCGAGCGUCGAUACGACAGAGCAAGUUUCGGUCGCUGCGUAGACCGCGGUGGGCUCGGCAGAACGUGUGUUACAAUUACGACACGCUGAGGAAAAGGAAAAAGACCUCGAGGGACGAAUGAUGGUGUACGGACACGACUUCACGGAUCUAGAGUGAUGAUAAGAAGAAAGGAACAAUGUACGGCGAUGUCGACUCCCCACCCAAUCUCUGGAAUUCAUAAUGUCGAAACAUCCUGGAUCGAAAGCACAAGUGUUGUCCUAUCGGUUCUUUUCAAUCAAAAGUGCUCUUAUAAAGAGGGGAAAUGCGGGGUUAGACAGAGGAGCAUCAUCAUCUGUGUAUGAGGUUUCACAGUAUAUACAUCGAUUUUGUCAGAACGUCUUAUAGAUGGGGUAGAAUGAGAUUUCAUUUCCAACAAUGUAUGCAAUGGGUUGCUCGCUG